AUGGCUCCCCUCAGGUUACUCCUCCUCCCUACCCUAGCCGCAGCGCACGUCACCCUCAAUGCUCCCGCCCCUGUCGGCCCCUUCGACGAGGACAACGAGGCCAAUGCCCCCUGCGGCGGUGUCACGAUCGAUUUCUCCAAGGACAACGUGACGGACUUCCACGUCGGUGGCGAGCCCGUUGAUCUGUUUCUCGGCCACCCCACGGCAGGCUGGCUGAUCCGCGGCACGCUCGAUCAGACCGCGACGUCCAACUGGUCUCAGCUCUACCCCAUCUUCACACAAAAUGGCCUGGGCGACUACUGCCAGCCAGCUGUCGCAGCACCUGAGAGCUGGGUUGGUCAAAAGGGGAUAUUGGGAGUCGUGGCUAAUGCGCCGGACGGGCUGCUAUAUCAGUGCGCGACUGUGAAUUUUGUCUCAGGGUCGGGCACCCAGACGUCGGACUGCAACAACGGCAGCUCUGUGACGGCCGAGUUCUCAACGGACGCGAGCCUGUCUGCACUUGUCCAGACCGACCACAGCACCACCAAUGGCACCUCGACCGCCUCGGGCUCUUCGAGCUCGGCCAGCUCAAAGAGCAUGGCUCCGGGGCUAGCCCCAUCUGUCAGUGGACUUGCCGGUAGCGUGGCUGCUGUGGUCUUGGCUAGCCUUUUCGGAGCUGGUCUCCUGCUGUGA